GCGGCUGUUGUCGCUUUGGCGUGUGACAACGUCAUCUGUAGAGGACAGGUCUUCAGAGAUAGAGGUUCUUCUAAAAGGAAAGGACAAAAUGACUUGGGACAUUGGGUGUGCAAGAGGCAUACUUUUUUAAAUUAAAAAAAAGAGACUCACAUUUAAACGGAUCCCUUCUACAGGUUCGCUAAGCUAUGGAAACCUCAUCAUCAGGCAUCCCAAACCGUAGCCCUUCUCCUGCUGCUCUGAGGACAAACUCUCCCUCUCCACAAUCUUCUCCAAAACUCACAAUCCCGCCGCCAUCCUCCUCGACAACCUCAUAUCAGCGGGGGUCACGUAUUUAUUCCCGCUCGUCUUCGCUCUCCACGCUGCCAGCUUCGCCGCUUUGCUCGCCUGUCAGAAGCCCCUCUCACUUAGGGAGAGCUCAGCUCAAUGCGGCCUCCUCGGCCACUGCUGGAACUUCAUCUGGAGCUGCAGUUCCUCCCGUGCAUGAACUCGAGGCGCCAGAGGAGGAGGCCAGUCUUGAGGAAGUGGCAGAAAGAGCAAAGACAGGUGAUGCUAAAGCGCAAACCAAGAUGGGCCGUUUCUUCCUGGCUCUGGCCCAAGAGAGGGAUGAGGAGCUUAACAACUGCACCGCGGUCACCUGGCUGGUUCAAGCUGCUAAACAGGGCCGCAAGGAUGCCGUAAAGCUGCUGCAACAGUGCUUAUUCUCCAGGCAAGGCAUCACUCUUGAGAACUAUGAGGAAGUGAAGAUGCUGUGCACAGAAACUCGUUUUGAGAGGGGAGUUCGGAAAGCGGCUCUACUCGUGUACUGGAAGUUGAACCCUGAAAGGAAGAGGUCGGUGAGCGUCUCAGAGAUGCUGGAGAAUGUGGAACACGUUCGUGUAGAUCGAGACAAGGCAGUCUCUCAAGGACCUCUGAACAGCUCUGCUAAGAAACAGAGAAGAGUUCUGGAGGCAAUGGUGACCAGCGAGUCCAUCUCUGACGUCGGGAUGGAUCAAUUUGUCGAGAUGACAAAGAAGUACGCUCAGGGAAUGGUGCCACCUCCCGCAUUGGCGGCCGUGUCAGGCAGCGAUGACGAUGAUGUCGACGACGUGGUGAAGAAUCCUGACGAGCUGCCCUUGCACCAAAAGGUGGAGAAAGUUUUCCAUCCCUGUUCGCAUGGUGGUUAUCUGACUUCUCUGCGUCUGCCCCGUCACCAGCUGCUGAAGUUCCCGCUUCACGCGCUGCUGGAGAUCAAGGAGCACCUCAUCGACUGGGCGUCACGCGCAGGCAUGCAGUGGCUCAGCGCCCUCAUCCCCACGCACCACGUCAACGCGCUCAUCUUCUUCUUCAUCAUCUCCAACCUCACCAUAGAGUUCUUCAUCUUCAUCAUUCCUCUGCUGGUUUUCUACCUGUCCUUCUUCUCCAUGGUUAUCUGCACACUGCGGGUAUUCCAGAAUUCCAAAGCUUGGGAAAUCUUCCGGGCUCUGACUGACCUGCUUGCUCACUUUGAGCCUUGUCUUGAUCUGGAGCAAGCUGAGACCAACUUUGGAUGGACACACUUGGAGCCCUAUCUAUACUUCUUGCUCUCCGUGGUCUUUGUGGUGUUCUCCUUCCCAGUGGCAGACAAGUCGUGGAUCCCGUGUUCCGAGCUUGCGGCGGUGGCUCUCUUCUUCACAGUCACUGCCUUCCUCAGUCUCCAUGCCUCCGCCAAGUUGUUUGCCCGCAGAGCCCUGCUUACAGAAGUACUCUCGGGGGCCUGCUCGCUCGCUUACCUACUGCCGGACUCGCUGUGGAUGCUCAGGAUUUUCGGGAGGACGUUAGUCUCGGUGCCUCUGGGGGACAUCGUGGCGUUGAACAUCGGGGUCCCCUGCGCCCUUUAUUGGCACCUGGUCUACCUCCUGUUCCGCAUGGCCCAGCUGAGGGGCUUCAAGGGGACUUACCUGUGCCUGGUGCCAUAUCUGGUUUGCUUCACGUGGUGUGAACUCUGCUUGGUGUUCCUCAGUAACGCCAGCGCCAUUGGCCUCAUACGAACUGUUGCGGGCUAUUUGCUCUUCCUCUUUGCUCUGCCUGUUCUCUCCCUGGGCCUGGCUGCGAUGCUCAUCGUCCAGCUCCUCCAGUGGUUUGUCGCACUGGAAAUCACCAAAAUGGCCGUCACACUGAUCGUGUGCUUCGUUCCGGUCGUUUUGAGGCUUUGGACCCGCUUCAGCCUGAACCCCAUUGUGGUAUUUCGCUCUCUAUCCAGGAGCAGCAUUGUUAAACUCAUCCUGGUCUGGCUCAGCGCCGUGCUGCUUUUCUGUUGGAUGUACGUAUACAGGUCAGAGGGCAUGAAGGUGUACAACUCCACCCUCAGAUGGCCAGAGUACAGUAACAUGUGCGGCCCCUUGGCGUGGAAGGAGUCCAACAUGGCCCAAACUCAGAUCCUCUGCUCGCACCUCGAAGGCCACAGGGUCACCUGGACGGGACGCUUCAAAUACGUGCGUGUGACGGACAUCGAGAACGGGGCGCAGUCUGUCAUCAACCUGCUCCCUGUGUUUGUUGGGAAUUGGAUGCGUUGUCUGUAUGGUCAGCCAUAUCCUGCAUGUGACAGGACGCAAACGGCGCCGGUGGGGCCUCACCCUUUCCCGUCCCCGCCGCUCCGAGACCCCCUCUGUAAACUCAAACAACUCGCCAAGCAUGAAUGCCACGUGAAGCGCUUUGACCGCUACAAGUUCGAAGUGACCAUGGGCAUGCCGCUAGAGAGGAAGACCAAAAAUGGGACAGUCGUGGAGGACGAAGACGCCACUAAGGACAUCGUGCUGCGUGCCAGCAACGAGUUCAAGUCUGUGCUAUUGCACUUGAAUACGGGAAGCCUGGUAGAGUUCAGCACCAUUCUAGAGGGACGUCUGGGCUCCAAGUGGCCUGUUUUUGAGCUGAAAGCCAUUCACUGCUUGUCAUGCGGCGAUGCCCGCUUGCCCAGCAGCAGACAGUACAAGAUCGAACACGACUGGAGGCGCACGGUCCAGAGUGCCCUGCAGUUUGGCUUCGACUUCUUUUUCAACCCCUUCCUGACCGCCCAACUACGCCAACUCCCUGACACAGAAACUGACAUUGUGACAGAAGUGACAGGAUCAGAAGCGUGACUUGAUUCUUUUGGCUUUUGAGCCCUGAACUCUUUUGGGCAUCCAGACACUACCUGCUAAAUCUUAGUAAUAUUCAUCUUUGGGUGAAAUUUCAGGAUGAACCUAAAAUGCACUGCAGUGUUCCUCCACAUUGUUACUCCCAGAUUCACAGAUUUGUAGCUUCUUUUCCUAUAUCCUCCCCCAUGAUUCACUGAAAAGCGUGCUCUUUUUGUACUGACUACAGUAGUGCCUUGAGAUAUGAGGAGACUCAGUUUUUUAUGAUUCAAGCUUGCUUGAUAAAAUUUGUUUUGUCUUGAGAUAAGAGCAAAGUUUACAUACGAGUGCGCUUCAGACCUCCAACAAUAGAUGAUGGCAGCAGACUUUUCAACAUCUGGCCACCGUCAAUUGACAAGUUUCCUUGCAUGGAAGGACAAUAACAGUUGGUAGCAGUAAUGCAGCAUUAAAUUAAGUAGACCCCACAGGAGAAGGAAGACAAUACCUUAGGUAUAGUUGUUUUGUGCUGUUUUGGGUUCUUGCAGGUUAUAUGGAUAGCAAAUGUAAUAACUCUGUUUUUAGAUAGGACAAAUACUGUGAUGUGCGUUUUAUAUUUGACUGAAACAAAUUUGGUGUGUUUUUUUUAGCUGCUGGAACAAUUACAUUUACAUUAUCUAUGGUCAAACAUUUCAGAUAAGAAGAUUUUGAGAUACAAAUGCGGUCAAGGAACAUAUUAAAUUCUUAUAACCAAGUUUCUGCAGUGCUCCACCAGCAUCUUGUGGCGCCAGGGAACUAUGUUGGAGUAAAUUGAGGAGCUUCAUGUCAUGCUGAGCCGGCAUAUUGUGGCAGCUAUAUCCAUCCAUCCAUCCAUUUUCUGAGCCACUUAUCCUCACAAGAAUCGCGGGAGUGCUGGAGCCUAUCCCAGUUAUCAUUGGGCAGGAGCCGGGGUGCAUCGCAGGGCACUUGGAGACAAACAACAGUCACAUUCACAAUCAAUUGCUGAAAUUUAGAGUCCCCGAUGAAUGCAUGUUUUUGGGAUGUGAGAGGAAAACGGAAUGUCCGGAGAAAACCCACGCAGGCACACGGAGAACAUGCAAAAACUCCACACAGGUGGGGCCCUGGUUUAAAUCUUGGUCCUCAGAACUGUGAGGCCAACGUCCUAACCAGUUGACCCACUGUGCUGCCUGUGGCACCAAUAGCCAGUUAUAAACCUGUAGGAUUCAGCAAUUUGUGCAAAAAGUAUUGAAACUGUUGGAAGUGCAUUUAAAAGCUUACAGAAGAUCAAAUCUGGGUUACAGUGCAUUUUAAGUUAAUCUUGAAAUGUUCACCUGAAAAACUUCUGUGAGUAGUGUUCACUAUGUUUUCAAAGGUCAACACUAAAACUAAGACAUCACCAAAGACUACUUAUUUGUUCUUACAUUUGAUGAAAAUGUUUUUAUAUGUAAGAUAAACAAAGAUGUUCAUCUGAAAAUUUGGGGUUUACAUUGGCACACUGUCAAGUGAUAUUGGCAAGUUGUUUUUAAGUGCCUUAAAUACAUUUUAAAGACAAAAUAUUUCUGGGAUCCUUUUCAUUUAAGAAAUUAUUAUUCAAGUUGUUUAUUCUGCCUUUUGUUCCUCUUGCAUCUGUGUUUGAAAACCUGCUGUGCAGGAAUAAGAACCCAGAGAGAUUUAAAUUGGGUUCAGCAGUUUUCUUGUGACCUGUAAAAAAUAGAAAAAAACCCACCUUGUAUUAAAUACACAAAGAAUUGUCACGCACUAACCCAUGAUUGAGUGACCCUGAUUAGAAUUUGAUGAACUCACUAAAAUAUCGAGUUGUGUAUUUUUAAUUUUGAAUAUUGAAAUACCUAUACGAGCAUGUGCUUUGAUUUUGGAGUGAGUGCAGUUCGAAAGAGAUUUGGAUUUAAAAUAAGGGUUGGUAUACAAUACAGUACAUUGUUUUGCAACACUAGGUGGGGUCCAAGGCUCCAGAAGGAAUAAACGCACCAAUAUAGGGCAUUUGGUAACAACGGA